UCUCUCUCUCUCUCUCUCUCUCUCCAUGGAAUACCUAUAUAUAGCUUCUUUGAACGUGUUAUCAUCAUCCAUAACACAAUUUUAUUGAGAACUCGAUCGGAAACAAACGAUGCACAAUUACCAGAAACUCAUGAUCGCCCUCAUAGGGCUUCUUAUGCUGGGAAUGGUUCAGAUUUCAAUAGCAUCUGUAGUUUCAACGGGGGACUUCAAUAAGGAUUUCUUUGUUAUGUGGUCUCCUAGCCAUGUAAACACUUCAGCUGAUGGUCGAACAAGAAGCUUGAAGCUUGACCAAGAAUCAGGUUCUGGUUUUUCUACGAACCAGAUGUUUCUUUUUGGACAAAUUGACAUGCAAAUUAAACUAGUACCAGGUCGUUCGGCCGGCACAGUCGUGGCCUAUUAUCUGACAUCUGAUCAACCUAACCGUGACGAGGUAGAUUUUGAGUUUCUUGGCAAUGUGGUUGGGCGACCAUACAUAAUUCAAACAAAUAUUUAUGCCGACGGCUUUGACGACCGUGAAGAAAGGAUUAAACUAUGGUUUGAUCCGACAAAGGACUUUCAUACCUAUUCAAUCUUGUGGAACCUUCACCAAAUUGUGUUCAUGGUGGACUCGAUUCCCAUAAGACUGUACAGAAACCAUGCAGACAAGGGAGUGGCAUAUCCUAGGUGGCAGCCAAUGAGCCUCAAAGCCACCAUAUGGAAUGGUGACAGCUGGGCAACAGGAGGGGGACGUGACAAAAUCGAUUGGUCAAAGGGACCGUUCAUAGCUUCAUUCAGGAACUACAAGAUUGACGCCUGUAUAUGGAAAGGAAAUGCAAGGUUUUGUAGGGCAGAAAGUUCAAGCAAUUGGUGGAACACGGAACAGUUCAGCACCCUAACAUCUACGCAAAGGAGGUGGUUCAAAUGGGUGAGGAAAUACCACAUGAUUUAUGACUAUUGCCAGGACAACCAGAGAUUCCAAAACAAGCUUCCCAAGGAGUGCUCUCUUCCCAAGUAUUAAUUGACCUAAAUUGAACAAAAAAUAGGCAAAAGGCAUUCCUUAAUUGUAUGCAGAUCCGUGCUUGCAUGCAUGCGUGCCUAUCUAUGCACAUUUGUUCCAAUAUCCCAUGCAGCUAUCUCAUGACUUGGAGCGAUUUUCUAAUUACUUUUUUCUUAAUUUCAUUUACGAUUCAAUUAUUUCCUGUUCGAUUAAUAAUUAUCAUAUAAGAAGUUAUUAAACUUGGUUCAAGCA